CGUCGCCGUCGCCGCCGCCACCGCUUCCGUUAAGAUCGAGUCUCGCAGCCGCUUAAGCCUGAGCGAUGACCCAGGCGGAGAAAGGGGAGACGGAGAACGGGAAGGAGAAGAGUGGCGAAAAGGAAAAGGAGCAACGCGGCGUAAAGCGACCCAUCGUCCCCGCCCAGGUGCCCGAAUCGUUACAGGAGCAGAUACAGAGCAACUUCAUUGUCGUGAUACAUCCUGGUUCAACAACUCUGAGAAUCGGUAGAGCCACAGAUACACUCCCUCUCAGCAUUCCUCACGUAAUUGCGAGAAGACACAAGCAACAAGGACAGUCCCCCUACCAGGACAGUUGGCUUCUGAGAGAGGGACUUAAUAAGUCUGAAAGUACCGAACAAAGACAAAAUGGCCUUAAAAUGGUGGACCAAGCAAUAUGGUCCAAAAAAAUGUCAAAUGGUGCAAGACGGAUCCCAGUAUCCCCUGAUCAGGUACGAUCAUACAACAAGCAGAUGCGGCCUGCAAUUUUAGAUCACUGCUCUGGAAAUAAGUGGACAAACACAUCCCAUCAUCCUGAGUAUUUGGUAGGAGAAGAGGCCCUAUAUGUCAAUCCAUUGGAUUGUUACAGUAUUCACUGGCCUAUCCGUAGAGGUCAGUUGAACAUUCAUCCAGGGCCUGGGGGUUCUCUUACAGCUCUGCUGGCUGAUCUUGAAGUCAUAUGGUCCCAUGCCAUUCAGAAGUAUUUGGAAAUCCCCUUGAAAGAUCUAAAGUAUUACAGAUGCAUCUUGCUAAUUCCAGACAUUUACAAUAAGCAGCAUGUUAAAGAAACGGUGAAUAUGAUCCUAAUGAAAAUGGGCUUUUCAGGUAUCGUAGUCCAUCAGGAGUCGGUAUGUGCUACUUUUGGAAGCGGCCUAGGCAGUGCGUGCAUAGUAGAUGUUGGGGACCAGAAGACCAGUGUGUGUUGUGUGGAAGAUGGAGUGUCCCAUCGAAACACUAGGCUUUGCCUGGCAUAUGGUGGAUCUGAUGUGUCAAGAUGUUUUUAUUGGCUUAUGCAGCGAGCUGGGUUCCCUUACAGAGACUGUCAGUUAGCCAAUAAAAUGGAUUGCCUUCUCCUUCAGCACCUGAAAGAAACUCUUUGUCAUUUAGAUCAGGAUAUCUCUGGACUUCAAGAUCAUGAAUUUCAGAUUCGGCAUCCAGACUCCCCGGCCUUACUCUAUCAGUUCCGGUUAGGAGAUGAAAAACUACAGGCUCCCAUGGCUCUUUUUUAUCCAGCUACCUUUGGAAUUGUAGGACAGAAAAUGACAGCAUUACAACAUCGAUCACAAGGCGAUCCUGAAGAUCCUCAUGAUGAGCAUUAUCUAUUAGCCACUCAGAGCAAGCAAGAACAAUCUGCAAAAGCCACUGCCGAUCGGAAGUCCUUGUCGAAACCUGGUGGAUUCGAGGGGGAACUGCGUGGUCAGUCUUCAGAUAUCCCAGAGAGGAUCCAUUCACAGGAAGUGGAAUUGGGGCCCUCCCAAAUUGAUUGCCUGACAGCUGGCAAUGAUUCUGAGGAAACCCCAACAGCCAUGAUGUCCAGAAAAACAGCUAUCUCCCAAUUUGAAGGGAAAGCCCUGGCUCUGGACAAAGCCAUCCUGCAUAGUAUUGACUGCUGUGCAUCUGAUGAUACCAAAAAGAAGAUGUAUAGUUCCAUCUUGGUAGUAGGAGGAGGUCUGAUGUUCCAUAAAGCUCAAGAAUUCUUGCAACACAGAAUUCUUAACAAAAUGCCUCCUUCCUUUCGGAGGGUUAUUGAAAAUGUAGAAGUGAUAACAAGGCCUAAGGAUAUGGACCCCCGACUGAUCGCAUGGAAAGGGGGUGCAGUUUUAGCCUGCCUGGAUACAACACAAGAACUCUGGGUUUAUCAACGAGAAUGGCAACGCUUCGGGGUUCGCAUGUUACGAGAGAGAGCUGCGUUUGUGUGGUAAUAUAAUAGAAGUUUGGCACUGUAAAGCAAGCCUGAAACUUUAUAUUGUGAAAAAUUUGUACAGCAUAUUAGAUAUUUUUUAACUUAUUGACUUAGCUUGUGAUUCAUGCAAGGAGAAUGAAUCAGCUUUAUAUUGAUUAAAAUUGUCAGGUCAGAAGGCUCUA